AUGGCGAUACAGAAAAAGCAUGGAAAAGGUCGUCUCGACAAAUGGUAUCAUUUGGCCAAAGAGAAGGGCUACCGCGCUCGUGCCGCUUUCAAGCUUGUUCAGCUAAACAAAAAAUACGGCUUCCUCGAGAAAUCCAAAGUCCUGAUCGAUCUUUGCGCUGCUCCCGGAUCAUGGUGUCAAGUCGCUGCAGAGACAAUGCCGCAAGGCAGUCUCAUCCUCGGUGUCGAUCUUGCGCCCAUCAAGGCGAUCCCACGAUGUAUCACAUUUCAAAGCGACAUUACGACUGACAAGUGCCGGACUACAUUGAGGCAGCACAUGAAGCAUCUGAAAGCCGAUGCAGUAUUACACGAUGGCGCGCCUAAUGUGGGUAUUUCCUGGGUGCAGGAUGCUUACAGCCAAGCCGAGUUGGUACUGCAAAGUAUGAAGCUUGCUACUGAAUUUUUGAGAGAAGGUGGUACGUUUGUGACCAAGGUCUUUAGGUCAAAAGAUUACAACGCCCUUUUGUGGGUCUUCAAGCAGCUGUUUACGAUGGUUGAGGCCACGAAGCCACCUUCUUCGAGGAACGUCUCUGCAGAAAUCUUUGUCGUUUGCAGAGGUUACAAGGCUCCCAAACGACUCGACCCUAAAUUCCUCGACCCUCGACACGUCUUUGCUGAAGUUCAGGAGGCUACACCAAACAACGAGGCCAAAGUAUUUAAUCCUGAGAAGAAGAGAAGAAGGAGAGAAGGUUAUGAAGACGGAGACUACACACAGCACAAAGAAGUCCCAGUGAGCGAGUUCAUUCACACAACAGAUCCCAUAGCCAUUCUUGGUACGGUCAAUACUCUCAGCUUCAAGCAGCCACCCAAUGGAGACCUUGCACUUGCGACAAUUGAUCGAUUACCUGAGACAACAGCAGAAAUCAGGCAGUGCUGUCAAGAUUUGAAAGUUCUGGGCAAGAAGGAGUUCCGAAUAUUGCUGCGAUGGCGUAUGAAGGUCCGAGACAUCUUCGGUAUGUCUGCUAAAGCCAAGAAGCAACAGGAGGGGCUUAAAGAUGCUGAAGAAGGGAAGGAGGUUGCAGAAGUCGAGAGUAUGGAUGAAGAUCUUAAGGUACAAGAAGAGCUACAACGGCUUAAGGAACAGAACGACAAACAGAAACGAAAGGAAAGACGAAAAGAAAAUGACAAAAAACAGAGAGAAAUCGUGCGAAUGCAGAUGCACAUGACUGCUCCUUUCGAUAUCGGAAUAGAACAGAAUGGUCCAGCUGGCGAAGGCGCAAUGUUCAACCUAGGAACAGCUGAGAAAUUCGACAGCUCUGCGCGUGUGGUGAAGGAGAGUAUGGAAGAUGUCUAUAAUGACUCUGAAAGUGAUUCGGGUAACGAGGUAGAGCUCGACUCAGAUGAGGACGGGGAUUAUCUCGAUCGAGAAUUGGAUGCCAUGUACGAAGAGUUCCAAGAGCGUAGGGAUGAGGCAAACGCUAAGGCUCGUGCAAAAAGGGCGAGGAAAGAGAAAGAGCAGGAUGAUGGCUGGGAAGGACUUUCAAAUUCGGAGAAAGAAGACGUUUCAGGUGACGAGCCGGAAGCGGAGAAGAUACCACUUGCACGACUGCCUCAGAAACAAGGGCUGUCAUCCAAAGCUGCUAUGUUCUUCGACCAGGAUAUCUUUCAGGACCUUGACCUACCCGACGCUGACGAGGAGGACCACGACAGAGAUAGUGCUAUUGAGCUUGACGACUCGCCAGACGAUGCAGCAAAGCAGAAGCAAACAACAGAGCAGCCGUUAUCGAAGGCGCAAGCUAAGCAACAACAGAAGAACUCAAGGAAACAGCCUUCUCAAUCACCUGAACCGGACUCCAGCUCCGAAGACGAAAACGACAUCCAACCUCAAAACUCACAAUCGAAUAUUUCUCGUCCCGAAGAUCCACUCACCAAGACUGGCCACCUUGACAUCGACCUCAUAACCACAGAGGCCAUGACCCUUGCCCAGUCUCUUGCCAGUGGGCAGAAGAAAUCUGCCGACUUAAUUGACGAUUCCUUCAACAAGAACACCUACAUCGGCCACGACCACUCACACCUCCCACAAUGGUUCCUCGACGACGAGUCCUCACACUCCAAGCCUCACGUCCCCACAACCAAAGCCGCAGCUCAAGCGAUUCGCGACAAACUACGCGCUCUCAACGCACGACCCAUUAAGAAAGUCCGUGAAGCCCAAGGGCGUAAGAAGAUGCGCGCAGCCGCACGACUCGAGAAGCUAAAGAAGAAGUCUGCGCUCUUGGUCGAGGACGAGGGUAUGAGCGAGGCAGACAAGGCGAAGACAUUAGCGAGGAUGAUGGCUAGAGCGGCCAAGAAGAGUAAACCGAAGAAGCAGGCGGUCAAGGUCGUGGUUGCGAAGGGAGGAAAUAGGGGCAUCAGCGGUAGGCCGAAGGGUGUCAAGGGCAAGUACAAGAUCGUGGAUCCGAGAUUGAAGAAGGAUGUACGUGCUGAGAAGAGGUUGAAGAAGAAGAUGAAGAAAUGA